GAUUUGAUUGUUUUCAUUACAUACUUGGUCCUAAGCCCAGAAAAGAUGAUUCUUUGGGAAAGUACUAGAGCACGACACGACACUAGCACGUAAUAAAAAGUCACACCGCAUGAAUGAAUAUGAACAUGGAAAACAAUAAAAAAAAAAAAAAAAAUUGUAGCCGAUUCAAAUUAAUUAACACUGUACACCAGGCUUAAGUGUUAUUUCCACGAUAUUUCACUUGUUUAAUAGAUUUCCUUCUACACUUUCCCUGCAUUCGUCUAUAUAAGUUGAAAUGAUCAGCUCUCAAGCUGGCUUUGCCUACCCAUUUCCCCUCUCUCCGCUCAUUCUCUCUCUUAAUCGGUUCUUCUGUCACUCAUACUUUGGCUUCGUUCAUGUCAAUAGCUAGAAACUCUUGAUUAAGCAGCGCGCGCGAAGAAUUAAGAUGAUUGUUGAUAACAUGUUUGGUGCAGUAUCAGUGGUGGCGAUAAUGGUGAUAAGUGGAAUAACGUUUGGAGCAGAUGGACUGAGGAUGGAUUACUACAUCAUGAGCUGCCCAUUGGCUGAGAUAAUUGUGAAGAAUACAGUCAUCAAAUCUUUGCAAUCUGACCCUACUCUUGCCGCAGGCCUUGUUAGAAUGCAUUUCCAUGACUGCUUCAUUGAGGGAUGCGACGCUUCGGUUUUGGUUGAUUCAACGAAGGAUAAUACAGCAGAAAAAGACUCCCCUGCGAAUUUGAGCUUGAGGGGCUAUGAAAUUAUCGAUGAUGCGAAAGACCAGCUGGAACAGCAAUGCCCAGGAGUUGUUUCCUGUGCUGAUAUUAUCGCCAUGGCUGCCAGGGAUUCUAUUUUCUUUGCUGGGGGUCCAGUAUAUGAUAUACCAAAGGGAAGAAAGGAUGGAAGAAGGUCCAAAAUAGAAGACACAAUCAACCUCCCUCCACCUUUCUUCAACAGCUCACAACUCAUCAGAUUGUUUGGACAGCAUGGGUUUAGUGCUCAAGAGAUGGUGGCUUUAUCUGGGGCACAUACACUAGGGGUGGCAAGGUGCUCAUCAUUCAAAACCCGGUUGACCAAUGGUAAUGACCCAAAUCUGGACUCCAACUUCGCCAAAACCUUGUCCGGAACAUGCAGCAGAGGCGACAACGCAGAGCAGCCCUUCGACAUGAGCAGAAACGACUUCGACAACGAUUACUACAACGCUCUGAUAAGAAAGGCCGGAGUUCUUACAUCCGACCAAACCCUUUACGCAAGCGCCAGAACCAGGGGCAUCGUCAGCAGUUACGCGCUCAACCAAGCCAUGUUUUUCUUUGAUUUCCAGAAGGCCAUGAUCAAAAUGAGUUUGCUCGAUGUUAAGGAAGGCUCCAAUGGGGAAGUUAGACAAAACUGUCGUAACAUCAACUAGUCGAGUGCAUAAAUAAUUGUACCCCUUUAUAAGACAUUUAUAUACAUAUAUUUGUAUGUUCGGGCUUGGGCAUGCAUGUAGUGUACAUAGUACGUGGAUUUUUGUGUGUUUAUGUACCUUAAGCAUUUAUAUGUGUUUUCAUCUUCCGUUCCAGCUC